AUGAUGCAAUCACUUGGUUGGACAAAGCAUUAACUAUGGAUCCAAAAGAUGUUAUUUCUUUAAGUAAAAAAGGUAGAUUUCAUCAUCUUUAUAUUAAUAGGUGAUUGUUUAAGACAAUUUAAGUAAUAUGAUGAAUCUGAAAAAGUUCUCAAUUAAGCACUCUCCCUCAAUCCUACUGACAAUUUUAGUCUUAAAUGCAUUGGGAUAUGUUGAUUAAUAUUCAGGAAUAUGCUUACAAGAUUAGUAGAAAUACUAAGAUGCUCUGAUAUAUUAUCAAAAAAUUUACCGGUUUAACCAAAUGAUUAAUGGACCAAAAAUAGAAAAGGUAUUUGUCUUUUGUGAAUCUAGAAUUUUGUGAACAGACAUUGA